UUUACCGGACUGAAUUUACUGAAGGGAGCGUUUUUUUCGUUGUUGCCUUGGUAGCGAUUACAGAAAAUCAAUCAACUCGACAGUCACGUAGUUUGCUAACUAAAUAGAUUAAGAAUGGACGUUAAAGAGCGAAAUCUGCUGGGUGGUGGCGAGAACAUCGUUGAAAUGGUGGAUUUGGAUGAGGAGAAUUUUGCUGUUUCAAACUCAUCAGAUUCAGAUGCAGCCUUUGAUGCUGUCAUUGGGAGUAUUGAAGACAUCAUCAUGGAGGACGACUUCCAGCACAUGCAACAGAGCUUCAUGGAGAAACACUACCUGGAGUUUGAUGACUCCGAGGAGAACAAACUCACCUAUACACCCAUCUUCAACGAAUAUAUUGAGCUGCUUGAGAAACAACUUGAGCAGCAGCUGAUGGAGAGAAUUCCCGGUUUCAACAUGAGCACAUUUACUCAGUUACUCAAGCAGCACAAAGACGAAGUGUCAGGAGACAUCUUCGACAUGUUGCUUACUUUUACAGACUUCAUGACCUUCAAGGAAAUGUUCAUUGAUUACAGAGCACACCCAUACCUCCUCUGUCUGCAGGAGAGGGAGGGCCGAGGGCUUGACCUCAGUGAUGGCCUAGUGGUGAGGUCUCUCAGCUCUACAUCCUCCAAAUCCAUCACCUCCAGAACAACAACAAAACUGAAGUAACUAAUGAAGAGUCAUCCCCAAACACAUGAACAUACACAUGACCAAUAGUGCACUGUGCUGCUGACAACA